UAACUGAUGGUACUGAGGGCACUGCUUUAAAUAACUCAAAAGUCAAGUGGCAAAUCGGUAAUGAAGACCCUUUAUAACUCCAUUCCAACAUGGUUCAACUUACAAGAUUCUUCCAAAAAAAAAAAGAAAAAAGGGGUUAAAAAUGGUUGGUCCCUCCUACGUUAAAACAUUGCUCCCCUUUCAAGCCUUCUCAAUGAAAUCACCAUCUUCUUCUGCCUUAAGCUCAAUGAAGAUUAAAACCCUAACUCAAACCCUCAUCUAUGCUCAAGUUAGUCGUCUCAUUCGGGCAUUCUCUAACGCCAAAUCCCUUGUCAUUCAUAUCUAUAAAGAAAACAAUCCUAUAAAGUAUCUCAUUUCCAAUUCAAAGACCACAAAAAAGAAGCACAAGCACAAGAAACUAUUCUUCGGUUCAUUUAGGCUACACUAUAAUUGGUGCUCUUCUCAUGUUGCACCAGUUCCAGCUCCAGUUCUACAAACACAUUUGUACUAUGAUUCCACGUGGAAUUCUGUUAUUUCAACGGAGCAAUGUGAUGAUGAUAGGGUGGAAGCUCAGCUUUCGGGUUAUCUUCAAUGGCUAGAAGAAAAGAAGGUUAAUGGGGCUGAGACUGAUAUAAAUGAGAUUGAUAAACUAGCAGAGAUAUUCAUUGCCGAUUGUUAUGAAAAGUUUAGGUUGGAGAAGCAGGAGUCUUACAGGAGAUUCCAGGAAAUGAUGGCUAGAAGCAUGUGAUAUGUAGCACUGUUGCGGUAAGGAACAUGUACUCUUUCAACUUUGUGUUUGGAGGGAUUGUACAUUAUACAAUGUAGGGGAAAUUUCUGCAAUUCUUCUCUUAUAUUUCUGAUGGUUUUGUUUCCCCUUGCGAGGUUAUAUAACUUAAUCUGCCUCUCAUUGGGAAUUCCUCAUUUUUUAGUCUCUUUUCAACUCUCAUUUUUCUUUGUGCAAUUUAUACCAACACACCAACGCACUUAUUUGAUGCGUAUCAAUAUGGGAUAUAACUCUCGGUAAAAGUACUAUGAAAAUUAUUGUGCUAAAA